GGGCUGGGCUUCAGUUUCCCGUCGGUCGUGUCCACCGGUUGCUCCGGAAAGGUAACUACGCCGAGCGGGUGGGGGCUGGAGCUCCGGUGUACAUGGCGGCCGUGCUCGAGUACCUGACGGCCGAGAUCCUGGAGCUGGCGGGCAACGCGGCCCGCGACAACAAGAAGACGCGCAUCAUCCCCCGCCACCUGCAGCUCGCCAUCCGCAACGACGAGGAGCUCAACAAGCUGCUGGGCAAGGUGACGAUCGCGCAGGGCGGCGUGCUGCCCAACAUCCAGGCCGUGCUGCUGCCCAAGAAGACCGACAGCCACAAGGCCAAAACCAAGUAAAGAAAAAAGGAAAAGCGGCACGUUGUCUCCUCCA